UCCUGAUUGGCUGAACAGUUACAGCUUCGUGCAGUGAUUGGGGGAUGAGCGUAAGAGGGCGGGGCUAUGCAGGUAAUGUGUCUGUCCUGAUCAGAGAAGUGCGUGAGAUCUGCGGGGGCCGAGAGGAGAAAGGAGGUGUAACACUAAGGACACAACAUGGCUCCAGACACAGGAUCCCCUCAUCCCUACUGGCCCCGGGACCUUCAGAUCGAUGGUUACCUUCCUAAUGACCGGCCGAUGUCAGAGAUCUUGACCUUCCUGUUCUCGGUGUCGGGGCUUCUGCUGGUGGGGACGUGGUUCCUGACCGGCCGGGUGACCAGCAUGAGCGCCCCACGCCGCCUGGCUGUCUGCUGGUUCAUGGUCUGCGGCUUCAUCCAUGGUGUCAUUGAAGGCUGGUUCUCCUUCUUCUACCCGGUGAUCCCCAAGGACCAGGCGUUCCUGUCACAGCUCUGGAAAGAAUAUGGGAAAGGAGACAGCCGAUACAUAAUGGCUGAUAACUUCACCGUCUGCAUGGAGACCAUCACAGCUGUGGCAUGGGGGCCCAUGAGCGUCUGGACGGUGAUCUCCUUCCUGCGGAACAAGCCCUACCGCUUUGUGCUGCAGCUGAUUGUGUCUCUUGGGCAGCUGUACGGUGAUGUCCUCUACUUCUACACUGAGUACCGGGAAGGAUUCAUUCACAGCGAGAUGUGGCACCCCCUUUACUUCUGGUUCUACUUUGUCUUCAUGAACGCGCUGUGGAUAGUCAUUCCCUCCGCGCUCAUCGUGGACGCUUGGAUCAACCUGAGCAAAUCGCAGUCCGCGGCCGACAGGAUUCGACCGGCGAGCAAGUCAAAAAGGAACUGAUUGUGGGUGAUAGGGGGUAGAAUGGAGCGUUGCUGUGAGCGGCCAGCGGGGGGCGAUGUUUAUACAGUCUCUCACAAAAGUGAGUCCGUCCCUCACAUAUUUGUAAACAUUUUAUCUUUUGCUGGGACAACGCUGAAGAUCUGACACUGUGAUACAAUGUAAGGCCUCUUGCAC